AUGGAGCCUGGUAGGUUGCCUGAAUGGUUGAAUUCGCCUUCCUCGUCUCCCAGUCCUUUCUCAUGUUACAAGACUGUCCCGCUUGUGUUGAAGAAAAGAGCCUUGAUUUCAAUCUUCAUUUGCCUGCUUCUGGUGGCUCUCCUGUCAACGCAACAUCGAGAAAUUGUCGAUCAUGUGCAGAGCCUUCCCAAUAAAUUGUUGCGGAAUAGCCAUGAAGAUGUCUACAACUCGACUUUAGGGUUUGAAAAGAUCAUUGCUAUCGGCUUCCCAUCUCGCACGGAUCGGCGCGAUGCAGUCAUUCUCGGUGCGUCUUUCACCAAGAUGGAAGUCGAAUGGGAAGCUGGUGUCUCGUUCGAGGAGGUCCCAGUCAACGCUGCUCCAUUUACAUGGGACUUUGAGGCGCAAACCACGGGCGCUCUCGGAUCCUGGAGAGCACAUAUGAAUGUACUUCAAAGAAUUGUGAGGGAAAACAUUCAGACAACGCUAAUCAUUGAGGAUGAUGCGGAUUGGGACGUUCAUCUCAAGUCACAAAUGUCGGAAAUGGCCUACGGCUUAAGAGCACUUCAGCAAGCACCCAGGUCAACCAGGUCUCCAUACGGGCCGGCGUGGGAUAUGCUUUGGUUGGGCCAUUGCCGAGUGGGUUCAACCGAUGACGAGCAAGAGUUCUGGGUUGUGGACGACGACGUUACUGUGGCUCCCACCGUCAAUCGAACUUCAUUUUUCCGAAACAGGCAUUCGCCUGAAAUCACCAGACGCAACAACACUCGAAUCUUCUUUCAUGCGAACGCAGGAAUGUGUGUUCAGGCCUAUGCGGUUACAUAUGACGGUGCACGCAAGAUGCUCGCUGCUAUAUCGUUACAGCCUCGCAACCAACCGUUCGACGUUAGUGUGAGCGCAAUAUGUCGCCACAAGUUUUUGGACCCGUUUGUUUGCUAUGGGGCCUUCCCGCCUCUGUUCUCAACCCAUCGGUUCGCCGGCCCUACCUCCCGGGAUUCUGACAUCUCCAUUGCGGAAGAACCUGAUCUCAUACACGAGGAAUACACCAAGGAUCUAGUAUACAGUACCAUCAUGAACAUCCCAAGGCUAGUCCAGGGAUUGAAUAGUGUUCAGCCUCAAUUCAAGGGACAAAACAUCCCCGACCAACUGUUUCUGCCAGAUGCUCGGCCUCCGCCAAAAGGGUAUCUGCAGACGGUUGUGAUGUACAAUGAAACCAUACUUCCGGCUUCGACUCAGGCUUCGACUCAGGCUCCAACCCAAAUUGUGUCCAGUGUGUCACACUCGCCCUCAAAACUCUAGGGCGAACGCUGUACUCUUACAAAUCAGGCAUUUCAGCAAACUGGCCUUAUACCGAGAAAUCAGACACGGUCGACAAUGAGGGGGUAGGAUUGAAGAAACCCGGUCCCAUCAUGAACAAUCCAUCACGGAUUUCCAUCCUACCACGUUGUUGGCAUACCUAUGUCCAGUCAAUAAGAGGAAACGAGGACCACGGCCCAUGGUGAGUCAACCCACGGGCCACAGCCACACACAGGCAUCGAGUUUCAAGACGUGAAGCACGACAUUUCACGACAUUUCCCGACAAAAGAUGGGUGACCCUACCAUCGUCCCAAAAAUGAACAUUCCUUCUGCUUUAAGUCACAGAUGGUAAAUGGCAUGGGGAAACAGAGAUCGGGAACAUUUCAGCUUGACUGAUCUCCAUCGAAUUGGGUUCACCACUCCAUGGCAGAGCCCUUGCUCGGGCUAGGAAGGGGUUGUGGCCAUUGAAGAACCCAUAGUUGGUGUGUGAGUCGGUGCUCAUGCGCAGGAGCAUGGCCGAGUCAGGAAUUCCUGGCCCAGGUUGGAACAUAUGGACCUCAGCAUUCUAUGAAGCCUGGCCAUGUGGCGGUAGCUUUUGCACUUUAAAUCUCUACCUCCAGACAACGUCGUUGACAUGAAGAAAGAGGCAGAGAUUGCAGACGAAUGAUCGUGUGAGCACUCUGGAUUGGUCCGUAUGGUAUCUUCCCUGGGUCCAUUUCAGGACACCAUGGGGGAACCGCAAGCAAAUAGAUAGUGUAUGAGACCAAAGACUUUGAAAGGGUUUGGUCAGAGCCG